AUGGCUUAUGCUUAUGAAGUCUUGAGGUCACCUUCCAUGUCUCGCCCAAGAUCAAAGUCCAGAUCAAGAUCUCCCAUCAAGUACCGGCAUAGCCAUAGGUCUCGCUCUCUCUCACCUCGAACCCAUAAUCAAGUACCGGCAUAUCCAUCACUCAAGGAUAUGCACAAAUAUGAAAAGUCCUCUUUAGAGCAUACAAAAAAUGAGAAGACCAGCACCUCCAGGAAGGAACGAGAUUCUUCUGACAAAGGCAGGAGUCGUUCUCGCACUGACAUUUCCAGCAGGCAUGGAAAAUCAACCUCAGAACAUAUUAGGCAUGAAAAGGGUUCAGUCAGAAGGGAGAGAGAUUUUCUUGAUGAUGAUUCCACAUUCUCAAGGGAAGACAGGAAAGCCGUGGAUUCUUCAAAGUUCAAGUACCACAAGAGUAGUUCGAAGCAUCGAGAGGAUAGUUCAUCUAGAAGUACAAAAGAUAGACAUUCUCUUGAUGAAGAUUCAACAUAUUCAAGGGAAGAUAGGAGGGCCAUGGAUUAUUCAACGUCCAAGUACCAUAAGAGUAGUUCAAGGCAUCGAGAAGAUAGUUCUAGUAGAAAGGGUAAUAUAGAUUCCCCGAUGUUGAAAUCUUACACAUGUUCAUCCCCCCAUAAGGAUCCAACUAAUGGGGAACCAAAAGACCUGAAGAAUGCAGAACUAGAAGGAACUGAGGUUGUUGCUGAUAAAGAAGCUUAUAUCAAUAAUGAUGUUGAGGGAUUGGGGGAAUUGACAGGCUUUGAAGUUGAUGAGAAGCCCGAUAAAUAUUCUAACAAUCCUAUGGAGUUGCAGGAAGAGGGAAUGAUUCCAUGUUCUUUGGAGCAGGAUACUUGGAAGAAAAACUCAUCAGCUCUGGAUGAUGAACCUUCUUCUGAUGCAGAAAAUCUAGGCAAAGACAACAGGUCAAUAGUGGAGAAUGUAUCUGGAAAAAUCAAGCAACAGUAUGACAUUGAGGACUCAAAAUGUGUGAAAUAUGAUGAUUUUAAAACUUCACCUGGCUCCAUGGAACAAGACUUUUACACUGAAGACUGUCUGAUAAGCCAUAGCUAUGAGAAGUCUGAGACUGGAGAAGAUCAAAAUGGGCCUAAAUGGUCAUUUCCUGGGGAUAGAGAUAUUGAUAAAACUGGAUUGAGUAAGGACCAAGACGACAUUAUUUAUGGUUUAGCAGAUAUGAAGGAAGAUGAAAAGGUUCAGUGGGGAGAUAUUGGAGGAAGAGUUUCGGAGCAAAUCUUGGUCUGGUGA